GGGGGGGCAAAAUGGCGGCACCGCUGAGGGCUCCGCUGCUGAGGGCUCCGCUCUGCGCUCUGCUGUGCCUGGCGCUGGCGGCCGCUGCCCGGGGCAAGCCGAGCCCCGUGAAGGUGCUGUCGGACGGGAUGUGGCAGGAGCUGCUGCAGGACGAGUGGAUGGUGGAGUUCUACGCGCCCUGGUGUCCCGCCUGCGAGAACCUGCAGCCCGAGUGGGAGAAGUUCGCCGAGUGGGGAGAGGACCUGGGGGUGAACGUGGCCAAAGUGGAUGUCACGGAGCAGCCGGGGUUAAGUGGACGAUUUAUCAUCACAGCCCUCCCUACCAUCUAUCACUGCAAAGAUGGAGAGUUCAGGAGAUACCAGGGAUCAAGGACUAAAGCUGCCUUCAUUAAUUUCAUCAGUGACAAGGAAUGGAAAUCCAUUGAACCAGUGUCCUCCUGGUUUGGUCCUUCCUCUUUCCUGAUGAGCAGCAUGUCAGCGUUGUUCAAGUUGUCCAUGUGGAUCAGGCAUGGCCAUGGCUAUUUAACAGAAAACCUCGGAAUACCAGUCUGGGGCUCCUACGCUGUUUUUGGAUUGGCAACUCUCUUCUUAGGAAUGGUCCUGGGACUUAUGAUGGUGUUCCUGGCAGACUGCAUCUGUCCCUCCAAAAGGCACAAACUAGCACAGUUCCAGCCCCAGUCAAGUAAAAAAGGUCCAGAGUCAGCUCAUCUGCUGAAAAAUAGGUAUGAAGAGCAAGAAGGAGAUGAGGGAAAUAUCUCAGAUGAUGAAACAAAGGGGAAGGGGAGGAGCAAGAGAGACUCGUCACCAAGCGGUGUCCGGCAGCGUGCAGUGCCCAGUGCUGCUCCUCUGGAGAAAUCCUAGCUGCAUUUGCAUCAGGAUUAGUGUUUGAGUCAGCCACUCAAAGGGAGAUCAGUGUCAAAUCCUUCAGCUUGAAGAGAAGAAAUGACUCCUGGCUUGGUAAUCUUGCUGCAUUUCGUGAAUUCGGAGGAAAUAAUCAUGAAAAAAAAAUUUUAAAAAAAAUUUAAAAAGGCAUCAGGUAUUCCAAAGGAAAGCUUGCUGUUGCAAGUGGCUGGAACUUCUCCUGUCUGUGUGCAGAGAAGUGCCAAGGAAUAAUUGCUGUGGCUUCUGGAAUGAUUUGUUCCCUCGGGUUUAUUUGGAAGAGAAUGUAAACCAGAGUCAUUCUUGCAUUAGGGAGCAUUAGCAAGGAAAAUGCACUCACCUGGCAUUUGGUGAAACCUCCCAAAAGGGUUCCUUGUUCUUAUACUGGUUUUCAGUAUAAACCUCUCUAGCUGUGCCCUGAAGAAAUGCUGAGGGAAAAAAAGUUCCUUUAGUUAUGGAACUAAAAUUCCUUUAGUUCAGGCUUUUUACAUGACAGAAACUGCUUUUUGCUAUGACAAUGAGUGCUACAAAACCCCCCCCCCCCAAACCUUUUUUCUUACAAAGAGCUGAUGGAAUUUAGCACAAGCACUCUGCAGAAGGAUCCUCUGGCUGACCAGAACCCUGCUGCCUGCAUCGAUUUCUUCCAGAAAAAGCUGUAGAAAACUCUGUGAGCUUCUUGGCAAAGUAGUUUUUCUCUAGGAACAAGUGACAAGCAGCACCUUGAAGUCUUGUCUGUGUCAGUGACUCCACGUGGGAAUAGUUUACACACAGAUUUCUCUGUGCAAAUCCUCUCCAUUCCUCCUCCUGGAUGCCAGCAGGACUCUGCUUGCUUUUAAUCCAUCAUUUCUUAGUCAAAUCUUGCUGCAAAUCCAUGCAGGCUGUACCUGGCCUGAAGCUAAAAUAACUCUAUUUCUAUAUUAUUUCCCCCCCCUGUUUUCACAAAAUCAUUUUGGAACAUUAAACCUGGAUUUUUUUCUUAUUUUUUUUUUUUAUAAAAAAAUGAAUUUACUCCUGUCUGUAUGGUGUUUGUUUUCACUCUGUAUAGAAAUAAAAAGAAUGCACAUGCCCAUUGGACCAAUGUUGUAAAGAGUUUUCUAUAUUAUUUUAAUUAAAUAUCAAAGUUUUUGCAAGGGAAGGAUGAGCCUGAUACUGAGCACAUUUAGAUUUUUUUGACAAGCCUGUUUCUGAUAUUUUUGUUUGUUUAGCUUUGUGGGGUUUUAGCUUUUAUUUGUAGUUAUUUAGGUUAUUUUACUGUUUAUUUUUUAUUUGUAGUUAUUUAGUGGCUUUUUUUUCAAUUGUUCAUCUGACUUCUUCCCUCUUUUUUUUUGUUUUUCUCUACAUUGGUGCUCUGGAAUGACUUGACUGAAAUUCUGUGUGUUAGAAAGAUAAACUGAUGUUUGAAAGGCUCUUUUUGGCUAAAAUCUGAGUUUACCUGUCCUUUUUUAAAGCUAAAACCUCUCCUGGUGUUGGAAUGAAGACCACUGUGUGCCAGAAUUGCCCUUAAGGUGUCGAUUUUGUGGAAUUGCCUUAAAUUCUCUAAAAGUUUCCAUUUCUCAGCCUUUGUCACUCUAAUAAAGCAAUAAAUAAAUAAAUACUGAGGACAAGGA